CCGUUGCGUGAACGGCCGUCCUCGAAUCUGUACUCCUUCGUCCUUCUUCUGCGCUUCUUCGCCUUCGCGUUAGGGUUUAACAGCAAAAAAUCUCUAGUCUUCCAACUUCCUCUUCUUCAUCCGACGCAAAAUCCAUGGAGUCUUUCACCGUCCCUUUCGCGGUGGACCUCUCUAAGAAGCGCAAGCUCGAAGAGAACAACGGGUUCGCGCCGCCGACGGAGCAAUCGGACACCAUCCCCGCGCUCGCUCCUGUCGAGGCUCGCAAGAUGUUCGAGCCCUUCACCAGAGAGCAGCUCCUCGACGUCCUUCAGGACGCCAUCAUCAACCACCCCGAUGUGCUCUAUGCGGCCCGCGCCCUGGCGGACGGCGACGCCACGCAGCGGAAGCUAUUCGUCCGCGGCCUCGGAUGGGAGACCACCACCGAGGGGCUCCGCUCGCUCUUCUCUGUGUACGGGGAGAUCGAGGAGGCCGUUGUGGUCCUCGACAAGGCCACGAAUAAGAGCAAGGGUUAUGGUUUCGUCACGUUUAAGCAUGUGGACGGCGCGCUCCGUGCUUUGAGGGAGCCGAGCAAGAAGAUUGAUGGCCGGGUCGCAGUUACCCAGCUCGCUGCCGCUGGUAAUGCCGGGUCGAAUGUGAAUCCCGUGGAUGUUUCCAACAGGAAGAUUUAUGUAGGUAAUGUGCCAAUUGAUAUGCCCUCGGAUAAGCUUUUGUCUCAUUUUUCUGUGUAUGGUGAGAUUGAGGAGGGCCCACUGGGGUUUGAUAAGCUGACUGGGAAGUCAAGGGGUUUCGCUCUGUUUGUCUAUAAGACGAUGGAAGGAGCGCAGGCUGCGUUGGUGGAUCCGGUGAAGACAAUUGACGGGAGACAGUUAAACUGUAAGUUGGCGAUCGAUGGGAAGAAGAAACCUGGCGCGGGACCUAUGGGAGGUCAUGGUGCAUCUGGUGGGCAUGGGGAUCGCCCAGUUGAUGGAAUGGGAAUGGGUGGCGUACCUUCCUUUCAGGGGUCUGUUCCGGGGCAGUAUGGUCCGAAUUCAGUUGGAGGUUACGGUGGGUUUUCGGGUCAACCAUCGGUGGGUCUGAUGAAUUCAGCUUCAAUGGGCGGCCCCAGUGCGACUUCUAUGAGCAAUCAGGCUCCAUCCCUGGGCGGUGUCGGUGGUUUUGGUGCUGGACUAGGUGGUCCAUAUAGUGGUUAUGGUGGGCAUGGGUCUGCAGGCUAUGGAGGGAUGGGUAAUGCUCUGGGCGGACUUGGUUCUGCUGGGGGUUUUGGUGGCGUUGGUGGUGGUUUGGGCGGUGCUGCUGGUGGACUGGCCGGCGUGGCUUCAGGUUUUGGAGGUGCUGCCACUGGAUCAUCUCUGUAUCGGCCUUCAGGUGGGUAUCCAGAAGGGGGGAACUAUGGGUUGUCAUCAUCAUCUGCUUAUCCAAGUCAGACUCAGCAGCCAACAGGGACCUCUCCUGUGCCAAGGGUUCCCCAAGGAGGAAUGUAUCCAAAUGUGCCUCCAAAUGUGCCUCCUUAUUACUGAGACGGGACGCCUUGUGAGUAAGGGCAGAGGCCAGGGAAGUUCCAAGAGAUGGGUCUCCGCCACCAGCUGUGACGUUGUAUUGUGUUAGAGUUGGAUGAAUUUCAGGCGAUGCAAUUGUUGAAAAGUGUCAAUUCUUAUGAACUCUGUGAGACAGAUGACUACUGAAAAUUAGGACAUGAGCUUGCUAAGUUUGCAGAUUUUGUAUUUGUAGCACUCGUCAGGGCAGGAUGUUUCUCAUGCGAUGCUACACAAAUCAUCGAUUUUUGUUUGCUCAAAAAAAAUUUGGAAAGUAAAUUUGAUCUACUGAAAUUUGAGAUCGAAAUUUUUUCAAUAUAUUACUCUUCCGAA